UUCUUCAUGUAGUCAUUUUUAUAUCAAUACCGACUAAAGUUCAACAGAAAAUAAAUAUCUCUUGAAGAUUAAUUUAUGCACUAAACCUAAUCCAAUCCACCAGGUAAACCGGGUCCGGGAGCAUCUGUAAGAUCAAAGUCGUAUAGUUUACAUUCAAGAAACACCAUAAAAAUGUUUUCUGUUGUACGGCCGCCAUCUACAAUGACAUCAAUGGUUCUUCCAAAUCUGUACAUCACAAACCGCAAUAUCUGGAAACCCACUAACUACAAGUUAACAUUUUCCCAUUUAGCCACAAAAUAUCGUACUAUUUGCUGCACAAAUACGUCUUCGUGGGACCCACCACCACCUGUUACAUAUGCCCUAAAAGAUGAUAGCACCAAAGGCGAGUUUUUGACUAGUUCUACCACCUUAUUUGAAACCCUCGAUUCUGAUCAAACUAAAACAGCCGAGUCUUUGACAACAGAUACCAAAAGGGUCACAAAAGUUGGAUACAUUAGAUGGCCUCUUUGGCUAAUGGGCCCGUCUAUUCUUCUGGCCACGGGAAUGGUCCCCACCCUUUGGUUACCAGUUUCUUCCAUCUUUUUAGGACCAAACAUAGCCAGCCUUUUGUCAUUGACCGGACUUGACUGCGUAUUCAACCUGGGUGCAUCGUUGUUCCUGCUCAUGGCAGACGCAUGCUCACGUCCAAAGGAUGUCACCCUAGAGCCAUGUUAUAGUCAAGCCCCUUUCAACUACAGGUUCUGGAACAUGGUUGCAACUGUAUCCGGUCUUAUCGUUCCUUUAACAAUGUUGUUUGGUUCUCAUAACGGACUUUUUCAACCUCAACUCCCAACAAUUUCCUUUGCAAUUCUUUUGGGCCCCUAUCUUUUGCUUCUUGCAGUACAAAUGCUAACUGAGAUGCUGACGUGGCACUGGGAGUCACCUGUUUGGCUUGUGACUCCCAUUGUGUAUGAAACAUACCGUGUUUUGCAGUUGAUGAGAGGUUUGAAGCUUGGUUCUGAGCUUGGGGCACCUGCCUGGACGGUUCAUACAAUUAGGGGUCUGGUGUGCUGGUGGGUGCUUGUUCUUGGGGUGCAGGUCAUGAGGGUUGCUUGGUAUGCAGGAUUCACCGCUCACCUUCAUAAAAACGAGUCAUUGAGUUCUAGUGAAAUGGGAGCUGUUUCGGGUUGAUGCUGAUUACUGAAAGGUUUAAACUUUAAUUCAUUUAAAGACCCUAGUACCAUUUGGUAUUGUAUAUAAAGUCCGACAAUAAGCUUUAAUUGGUACAAGCUUUUAGCGACAUUAUGCAACUUCUUAGAAAAAGAUGGCAAUCACUGUAUAAAUUUACUGCAAAAAUCGUCUAAUUUACCUGUGUCUUUUCGAAUUUAUAUCAUUGUAUACUGACUUCAUAUAUUAUUGGGUGUUUGGAUCAUUGGAUGUGAUGCAGACCGCAGUGAUCAGAAAAUCCGAUUCCUAUUUGAUAGACCAGUUAGAAAUUA